GCGUCAGCAAAUUGGUAAAAUAUAAAUAUUACAUAAAAGAAUAUUUUGGUUUUGUUUUAAAUAUAACUGAAUAAAUAACCUACAGAUUAAAAAAUAUGGAGCAGUCAUCCUACACUGUGUUUGUUUAUGGGACAUUGAAAAGAAACCAACCAAAUCAUCAUUACUUGUCAACAGCUGAAUUUAUAACUGAAGCUACUUGUUGCCAAAAAUUCCCAUUGGUUAUUGCUUCAAAAUACAACAUUCCAUUUGCAAUUGAGAAACCUGGAAUAGGAUAUAGAAUCAAAGGAGAAUUGUUUUCAGUUGACGAUGCAACUCUAGCCAAGUUGGAUGAACUUGAAAAUCAUCCCACUUUGUAUGUACGACAAGUGCAUAGUUUUGAGGCAGCAGAUGGAAAGAUAAUCGAAGCAUGGAUUUACCUUCUUAGAGAAUACAAGCCAGAAAUGCUUGAACUUGAGUUUUACGAAUCGUAUUCAAGUGAAGGCAGCCAUGGAAAACGAUACGUAUCAAGUGAUGAUGACCUGCAGAAACCAGAAGAGAUAAUGCAAGUGCUUAGCUAGCCUAGCAAAUAUACCCAGUGCCAACUGGUGCCACUUUCCAGUGUUUCUUACCACCAGAGUUCUAUUUUUGGUAAUAUUUCAGAAACCAUGUUGAAUAAAAAUUAAUCAGAUAAUAA